AUGACAGAAGAGUUUCAAGAAGCGGAGGUGAUCUUCUCUGAGAGCGGAGAGUCCUGCUUGGAUUUCCGGCAACAACAGCAACAAAGCGCCAAGAAGUCGUCGGUGACAAAGAAGAAGAAAAUGGGGAACUCGGUGCCGGUGAGGAUUCCGAAUCAAAUGUUCGACCUCCGUGGCGGCGGCGGCGGCGGUGUUGUUAAUGACCUCGACGACGACGAGCGUUACUACAAGGACGAAGGCGAGAUGGUGCCGCCGCAUUUGAUCGUACGGCGGCGCGUGGAAGGGAAGAUGGAGUUUUCGAUGUGCACCGGAAACGGAAGAACUCUCAAGGGGAGGGAUUUGAGUCAAGUCCGGAAUUCCAUUCUGAGGAUGACCGGGUUCUUGGAAGCUUGA